ACGAGAGGUAGUCCAAUCAGAGGAAAACACCACAGUGCACGAGCACAGGAGACGUUUCCUGAAGCAUUGCGGAAGAGAGGGGCGCCGCGAAUUCCUGAAAGUGUAGCUGGUCCCGGUUGAUACUGCAUAAUGUCUUGUGCGCACCUACUGUUGUUGAUGACCUUGGCAUUGGCGAUGCGCACUGGCGCAACGGUGGAGAUCCAGCGUCCACGCGGAGUACCACUAUCAAAGAGACAGUUCUAUGAGGAGAACAAGCCCUUUACCUGUCUGGAUGGCUCCCGCACCAUCCCCUUUGAUCGAGUCAAUGAUGACUACUGCGACUGCAAGGAUGGCUCAGAUGAACCAGGUACUGCUGCCUGCCCCAACGGCAGCUUCCACUGCACCAACGCUGGCUUCAGACUCGCAUUCAUCCCUUCCUCCCGGAUCAACGACGGCAUCUGUGACUGCUGUGACACGACAGACGAGUACAACAGUGGUGCCACUUGUCAAAACACCUGCAGGGAGUUGGGGCGUAAGGAGAGGGAGAGUCUGCAGAUAAUGGCUGAGAUCACAAAGGAAGGCUUUAUGCUCAAACAACAGCUGAUACAUGAAGCUAAAAGGGGACAGGAGGACAAACAGGGCAAGUUGACUGAGCUGCAGGGAAGUAAGAAGGGUCUGGAGGAGAAGGUGGAGGCUCUGAGGACCGUGAAAGAAACAUCAGAGGAUCCAGAGAAAGCGGCUAAAGAGCGCCACCUGAAGGCUUGGGAGGAACAAAAAGAAGUCAUCCGUAUGGAGAAGGACAAAACUAGAAUGGCUGAGGCUUUUCUGGAGCUGGAUGAUGACGCAGACGGCUAUGUUUCUGUGGCUGAGCUGCAGUCCCAUCUAGAGCUGGACCCAGAUUCAGAUGGCUCUCUGACGGAAACAGAGACUCAGGGAUUGCUGGGAGGUGCAGACAAAGUGGACACGUCAACAUUUGAAAGUGUGUGGAGCGGCAUCAAAGACAAGUACCUAUCAGAGGGCCAGUCGGAUCCCCCUGCCCCAGUGGAGACCCCCCAGGAGGAGGAGACCAGGGAAUUUGUCUCUGACCACGACUCUGACCAUUACCCCGAGGAUUACGCUGGAGAGGAGGAGGAUGUGGAGGACGACGAGGAAGAUGGUGAUCACGAGGAGGAGGAGGAAGAGGAGAAGGUCCCUCCCACCGUGCAGACCCCAGAGAAAAGAGAGGACGAUGAGGUGUCCAUGCCACCAUACGACGCUGAGACCCAGAGCCUUAUUGAUGCUGCCCAGAAAGCCAGGGAUGAUUUCGAUGAAGCUGAGAGGGCCCUCCGGGAAGUGGACGAUCAAAUUAAGAACCUUGAGAAGGAGAUUGGGUUUGACUUUGGGCCCAGUGCUGAAUUUGCAUAUCUGUACAGCCAGUGCUACGAAUUAUCCACUAGCGAGUACAUCUACAGGCUGUGUCCAUUCAAUAGGGUCUCCCAGAAACCUAAGUUUGGGGGAUCAGAGACUAACCUUGGCUUGUGGGGACAAUGGGUUGGUCCUGAAGACAAUUUAUACUCAGUGAUGAAGUAUGACCAUGGGCUGGGGUGCUGGCAGGGCCCCAACAGGUCCACCACAGUGAAGCUGACGUGUGGGAAGGAGACGGUGGUGACGUCCACGUCAGAGCCCAGUCGCUGUGAAUACCUUAUGGAGUUCACCACCCCCGCCGUGUGCCAGGAGCCACCCAGCCUGGACGAAGUCCUGCACGGACACACAGAGCUUUAGUGCUCCACACCAACAGGUAGGUUUCUCUUUAUGGACCACAUGCUAGCCUCCCCACCCUGCUCUGCAACAACCAGCAGCUGCACUCUGGCUUCACAAACUGGAAGAUGAAGAUUCAAAAUGGUUGCUUGUCCUUUACUCCUAUUCUUGUCUGUUGUUGAAUUAACUUGUUUGUCUAGGGUUAGUGUUUCAAUUAGAUAUAUUUUUUUGUAAAUCCAUAAUUUCUUUUUUAAAUAAAGUUGAAUUUUAAUAUGCUGAA